UUAAAUAUCAUUUUCCAGGAAUUGGAUGAAUCUAUGUUUAUUGAAUGGGGAUGACUUCUGAGCUGGAGAGGAGAAAAUCUUUCUCUUUUACCUAUUUCAAUCGCCCAAUCAGCCAUACUAAUAGUAUUUGGUAUACCAACGCAGAACGCCUCUACAAGCAAUCGAGCGUCGUUUCAGGCGAAUACUCAGAAAUCAGCGCAAUAGAGGUCACUCCGCAAGACGACCCAGUUUUUGCAAUCCCACCUGAAUCGUUGAGUCAAAGUUUGGAUUAUGUCCAAAUGGAAUGCGACGUUCACCCUGAGACAGAUGAAGCUUUUGAUGAAGACACCCUUGUCCCCACAAAGUUGAUAGCCUUGAAGUGUGAUUCACUGGCACCACACGAAGACCAGUGGUUCCACGGUUACCUAGAUAGACCUGAUGCUGAGGUUCUGUUGAGUAAGCACCAGCCUGGUUCCUACUUCGUCAGAAUCUCUAUUCCUUCUGCUGACCGACCAACCAAAUACGUUCUCAGCGUUCGAACAACCGUCGGAUAUCAACAUUUUAAGAUAAAAACGAUCUUAGGUGAAUACUACAUCAGUAUCUACAAAUUCCCAACGUUGAGUAGCAUAAUUGGAUAUUUCAGCCAAGUGUCUCCACUCUUGGCUGGUUUAUACCUCAAGUCUCCUCUCUCCCCCAAGAGGGCAGUUCCUCGAGAGAAGCGAUUAAAGGCCAAAGCGAGUUACAUUCCUAAGGAAGAUGAGUCACAGGACGUCCUCAGUUUCAAGUUGGGAGACAUAUUUGUAACUGACGACAUUCUGGACGGCGAGGACUGUCGGUAUAUUCGGGGACGCCGAGAGAAGUCUGGGGAAACUGGUCUCAUUCUGAGGGUUCUGGUGCAGGAAAUCCCGCACGAAGACGAGGAUUAUUACAAAUACGAGUGGUUCCACGGCAGGAUAACGGAGGCGAUGGUAGACGACAUGUUACGUCACGAGGACGACGGAAGAUACGUGAUAACGAAUUCUGGCACCAACACUUUCUGUAUGCACAUCAAGACAGGAACUGAUAUAAAGUCUACUCAGAUCUUCCCAACGGGGGAUGGUAGAUAUAUGAUGGGAUCUCAGAGCCACGAAUCUUUGACUCAGUGUAUCGACUCUAAGGGAAAAUCUUACCCUAACCUGAGCCCUGUCAAACGAAAAAACGUCCGGAGUGUUAUCUACGGAUCUAACCCUCAGAACAGACCUUUAGUACGAGAUGAUAAGAUUCCUGCUCGAUGGAGACCUUCAACCGCUAAAGAGUGGAAACCAAUUAAUAUAUUCUUCGAGACGGACGGAGACAAUGCUGUUUUCAAGAGUACUGAUAAAAAAGGAGAGAAGGUCGAGAAGCUGAUCCCGCUAAGAAGUUGCCGAGUGUACGAGGUUGACAAGAGCAUGUUCAACUCUGCUUUCUGUUUGCAGAUCGUUGUUACGGGCUUGAACCGAGAGGUUUAUGGACAUUUCAUUGAGGUGGACAGUCACCACAAAUACUUGGAACUGCUAGCAAAGCUCCAGAACGAGCCAUAUCCGGUUGACAACGGACCCAGCCGACCAGGAAAACGGAUGAAGAACCUCAGGAUCAAAGUGUGCCAGGUAGACGGACCUGCUCCCGUUAGUUUGCCCGGUCCAGUGUUUUGCCAAGUUGGAUUCGAUGACUCCACCGUGCAACGAACACCCAACGCUCACAGCCCCAAGAAACUCUGUUGGAACAGCACUUUGCACUGUAAGCACAGUAACAUCUGUAAAAGCAACGAACUGAAAGUAAAGUUGUGUUACAGUAAGAACAAGAAGCCCUGCGAGCUCGAUGCAGCAACAGUACCCCUUAGUGAACUUGAUAACAUGACUUUCAAGACUCUUUACCCUACCCUCAACAUCAAGGGCCAGAAUAACCAGGCCAGGUUGAAACUGGAGCUUUACUACCGUGAUCACGCAGUUUUACAGUCAUCGUAUUACCACGAUCUGGUGAAUGAGCUUCAGAAGGACAACUUCAGAGCCAUCAAACUGUUAAGGCACAUUCAUUGGAACCAGGACUCGCGAGAAACAUUCGCUAAUGUGCUGCUCACAGUGUACGAUAAGACCAAAGUGCACCUGAUAAAGGAGCUCAUAUCGGAGGAGAUUGCCCGACAUCCUGAGAACGACAAAGGCUCUUUAUUCAGGGACAACACCAUCACCACCGCCCUGAUGGUCGCUAUCCUCAACGCUCCACCUUGUGGAGUAUAUUGGGAUAACGUUUUCUCGGGCAUUGUCGCAGAUAUGAACAUGAGAGUCAAGGCCAGAUCAGAGACAACUAAUCUGGAUGAGGACAGACUGAAAUCACUGAUCGAGGAAGACAGAAACCGAGUGUUAGACGCUCUGAUAAAGUCAGUAUCUGAGAUACCAGACACUAUCAGAGAUGUUAUCCGACAUAUCUUAUCUGAAGUGGCGUUGAAGUGGCCAAACGAACCCUCAAUCCAGUCCGCUAUCUUGAUGACGAUUAUGUUUGUUAGAUUCUACUCCCUGAGACUCUCCCACCCAAAAGAUAGGGAUCUUCAGUCGAUGCAUCCAGACACAGCUCAAGCGCUCCUCAAUGUCGCGAAAUCCAUCAAAAGGAAAGACGUUGGAGGGUUUCUGAGUGCGAUAAUCAACAGUGCUCCAACUUCAAAUCUAAAUGAGCAGACAGUACAGGAUGUGUCAGGACUCGACGCUGGUGACGGCGCCCACCUCUUUCACCUCAUUCAGUCCACUCUCCGUGCCACGGACUCUACAUCACCCUGGAUUCCUGCCUCCGACCAGGACCGAACUUCACUGAACUCUCUCAAACAGGUCCUGAAACACUUAGAAUCUGUCGAGCAGGACGUGGACUGAACCACCACGACAAACUGUUUUUAUACUUUUUCGUAGAGAAAAAGAGAUAAAGACGGGUCUUGAGAUUCAAUUUCCUUUGCGCCGACACGAGCUGAUCGCGGCGUUAUUUCUACAACAUGUUUUUAAGUUCGUGGAAUUUGUUAGUUUUUAAUAUAGAACGUUGCUCGGCGACGUGAUUUGGUCUGUUUCUUGACUUUAGGUAGAGUACUGUGAUUCGAGGAUCGUUUUUUACUUUUAUACGAAGUAACUUGUGACUCCAAGCCGGACUGCAGAAUGACCAGCAAGAUCACUAAUUCAUCAUUGCUCUUGCUGCGUUAUUUUCUAGCAUCUAGCAUUACAAAAAUCUAUUUAUGUAAAGAAUAAACUUUAGUUUUAGGUUAGGUUUUGGGAAGUUAUUGUCAAUUAUGUUUCCACCUGCGAGAAAUUUUUCUAUGUCCUAUGUAUAUGUGAUAUUUCUGACGAAAGUAAAAUAGCCAGUUUUCUAAGAUGUUUGUUGUUCUGAACCCCCAUGAUCAAUGUGUCCUAGUACAUGAUUCAUGACUUUUGAUGUAGCGGUAGUCUUUUGUCCUUUUCUUUGUAACUUGAAAAGUGAUGUAAUUUUAAAUUUGACAUUGUCAGUAGGUCUUCAAAAUUUGAGUAUGUCGGGGCAUGGUAAAUGGGGAUAUCAUUGUAUCUUAGGUGAAUUUAUACAGCGCAAGUUGAGUGGAGUUAAUGUGUAUGCAGUUAUUUAUUUGGAAUGGAUAGUUUGGAAUAAUAACGCUGUUGUAUUCUGGUAUUUACACUAAUACUAUAGAUAACAAUGUUUGUAUGUUGUAUAGAGUUUAUUAUUUCAGUUUUAAAA